AGAAAGUGAAGCGUUGGUUGUUGAUGUCCAUGAGCCCAAAAAUAAUGAAGCGUUACAUACGCUUAUCCACUGCCCACAAAAUCUGGAGUGCUUUGUCCAAAGCCUUCUAUGAUGGAAGUGAUGAGUUGCAAGUUUUCACAUUAAAUCAAAAGGCUUUCACUGCCAGACAAAGCGGUAAGUCUCUUUCAGAAUAUUAUGGUGAAUUGACUGAGAUUUUUUGUGAAUUAGACCAACGUGACAAGGUGUCCAUGAAGGACCCGGAUGAUGUAGAAACAUAUCAAGGGUCUAUUCAACGUCUGCGGGUGCACAUAUUUCUUUCCGGAUUAGAUGGCAUCUUUGAACAGAUUCGUGGAGAAAUUCUGCGUAAAGAACCAAUUCCUGAUUUGGAAGAAUGUUAUGCUUUGGUUCGACGUGAGGCAUUGCGUCAUGCAUCUCUGAAGAUGGAGCCUGAACAUGCUGACAGCUCAGCAAUGGUAGUCCGAAAUCGAUCAACUCAAAAUUGGCAGCAUCGAAGUAAAACAGACCAUGCCAAGACUACCUCUAGUGAUAAAUCUUCUUAUAAAUGCACCCAUUGCAACCAAAAUGGUCAUACAAAAGAUCGUUGUUUCGAGCUUGUGGGAUAUCCUGAAUGGUGGGAUCAUAAUCGGGAUUCAAGAAAGAAGAAUUCCAACAAAAACCCUACUGUGGCUACUAUUGAAUCAAAGUCAGAAGAUUCAGCUAUUGAAAGACAGUCUGCUUUGGUAACAGCUACAAAUUUUGUUGGACAUUCAAACCAGGCAGACGAUUGGUUGUGGUAUUAAGCGAGGGAAAUUGUACUACUUGGACUUGGCGACAAAAAGUAUCAACAAGCUACAACAAGCUUUGAUAGUGGACAGUUUUGAGGAGGAGAAGAAGAAAUCUGAAAUUUGGUUAUGGCAUCGACGUUUGGGGCAUGCUUCUUUUGGUUAUUUGAAAAAGUUUCCUAGUUUGUUUACACAUUGUGAUAUUUCUAGCUUCCGCUGGGAGUUUUGUCAACUAGCAAAAAGCCAUCGUGCUUCA